AUGGUCAAAUCCACUGUCAGUAUUGAACCUGACGAGAGCGAGCCAAAUCAGUUCCUUAUAAAGCCAUCCGGAUUUCGUCCUAACUCCCUCUUUGUUGGCCGACAAAAGGAGCUCUCAGAUAUGCACAAAAUGCUAUUUGAUAAGAAGAGAAGGUCAGAAGGAACCUCGGCCAUCUUGAUUCAAUGUUUACCGGGAGGUGGCAAGUCCCAUCUAGCACGACAGUACGUAUAUGACCACAAAGACGACUAUCCCGGAGGCAUCUUCUGGCUGCGUGCCAAGAGUAAAACCGAGCUCGCUGCCGGCUUUUGGGACAUUGCAAGAAAGGCAGUCCUAAAGGAUACCGCUAACAAGGAGGAUAUUAUUUCUCCUGAAGAUCCACAGCAGUUCAUCAAGAUUGUUAAGAAAUGGCUCAAUCGCCGGCACGAUUGGCUGAUGGUUCUUGAUGGCAUCCACUUCGACGAUUCUGAAGCUCUGCGGAAAUUCAUUCCGGACAGUACGAAUACCAGUCUCAUAUACACCUCGACCGAGAAAUCUGUGAGCAGAAGCCAUCAUUUCAUGAACCCGCAGAUUAUCAGGCUUCCUUUACUCUCCGCGAGAGAGGCACAACAACUUUUGCUUUUGGAGUUGGACAAACGAGAGCCAUUCUCGAAAGAUGAUCUGAAACACUCAAUGGAGUUGGUUCAGGCUAUGGGGCUAUUGCCUGUUGUCAUACACGCUGUGGCCCAACGGCUGAAAUUGACAGAUGAACCUCUGUCAAAAUUUGCGAGGCGUUACGCGUCAGAGCCAAGAUUGAGUGGCCUGGGUGCUUAUAAAGCUGUUGUUGACCAAUUAGAGAAACUUGAUGCCCGCGAGGCUUUGAACCUCAUUCAUAUCCUAUGUUUCUACAGUCAACAUAUUCCGGUGGAGAUGAUAUCACUUGGCCUGAAGGCACUUGAUGUUCCCGUAAAAGCCUCCGAUCCGUUAACAGGGCGCUCUCUCAACAACACUUUCCGGUAUCUCAAUAUGUUCGCUCUCAUGGAUCGCAACGAGCCUGAACGUUCGAUCCAUUCGUCUCAAAGUUCAAGAAGCAGCCGAGAUAUGCUUGCUGACAAUGUUGAUGUUAUUAGACUUCAUGGUGUGGUUCAAGGCUUUUUCAUGGAUACGCUAAACGCUGACGAAUCCCUCCCUCUAUGGCUUGACCGAGCCGUCAAGGUCUUCUGCUUUUCAUACAACAAUGCAAAUAUCCGAAUCACGCGCAAGACCCACGCUGGCCUUGUCGAAGACUACCGCCUUUACGAAAUUCACGGACAUCGUCUUCAACAACAUCUAAUGAAAUACCAAAAGAGGUAUCCUAUGUUGACAGAGACGCAUAGAAAUCUAGACCAAUGCCUGCAGGCAAUACAGGUCGAGAUUGACCGAAGGACUCCGGAGUCAUCUCAAACUAUUGCCGGAGGGAAGCCUGACGCGUUUCAAACCUCCAUCUUCGAUCGAACCAGCAGCUCCUCAGAUACAGGGCCAGAAACUCCAAAAUUAUAUGACAAGUAUCCGCCUGGGAUGUCACCAUGGGGAUUUGAUGCCGACCAAGCUCAGCUUGAGUCCCCUUCAAGCCUAACCCAUGACAUGGAAUACACCAAAAUGAAACAGGAUGCUGAUGCUCAUGCUCAUGCUCAUCGUGGCCUCCUUCAUGUGCCUCCAUCAGAAGAUGACGGUUACGACAGCGAUAGAGAAGGGUCUACGGCAAUGACAUUACAGCCAUCACAGCGCACCAUCCACCAAGAAACGCCACUCAGUCCAGACGGACCGUGGGUGGUUGUACAACCUCGUCGAUCAAAGAAGUCCGAACGGCUCGAUCUCCAUCGGACAGUCAAGAGAAUGGAGAAAGAUCGAUAUCGAGAUCGUGCGGGUUCCUUCCGUUCUCUAAACGCUAUUGACCCUAGAGUCAGUCAUGACCAUGCUCAUGGGUAUCUACAGAAAACAUUACCGCGCGAUCGAUCUCGUGGCCGAAUAUCGGGUCAAUCCAGCGCAGAAGUCGCUCUGACGCAUAUCACUCAUACCAGUCCGCCACCUCCCAGAGAAGGAGGCGCGAUUCGAGAUCAAUCGUUGUCAGUGAGAAGGCCUUAUAUGCUGGCUGGGACUGCCUCGUAUGCUUCUGCUGUCGCUGGUCCAACGAGCAUUAUCGGAAUCCCUAGCCCUAUUCGAAAUGCAACGGAACCACCUGGCAGUUCAAGUGAAAGUAUUUGCGGUUCGGCAGUUGCAUCGCUGCAGAAGUUUCCUGUCGAGGUGGUUUCACAGGCUGCAACACCACGGCAAUCUUAUACACCGAUGCCCCCAUAUCCCCCGUCCCCAGGUCUCUCAUAUCAGAAUUCUUAUCAUCUUUCUGACGGUGCCUUGUCUGAGCUUGUGGGACAUAGCGCCUUGGAACAUGGGAACUACUUUCAACAGAAUAACCAGGAAGCCGCCCAACUAUCCGGAGAUGCAUAUCCGUCAAAGAUCUACCCUCGUAUGACAGGACCCAUUCCUGUUGAAUCCUAUACCGUGCUAUCCACAUCACCGCUGAAGCGCGGCCUUCCUCAUGAUUACCCAGCUUGGCAUUCCCAGGGGUACUCAGAGAGCGCGCCUUCCACAACCCAAGUGCCAGACCACGGCCGGGACUCCCAUUUCGCUGCCCUGUCUCCCCCAAAUCCUCGCCCAACAACAUACUAUCCCGGGCGGCCUGAACUCUCCUUCUCCAGCGCACCGAACCAGCAUGAUGGAGGCUACACUUCCCAGCCCAUGUCUCGAGAUCCUUCAGGUCAAACAACCCACUCCGAUCACUCCCAUCAUUCUGGCGGUGCGCCUUCCGAGAGGCGCAGAGGUAGUAGGAGACCAAGUGUGGCGGAGACGGAGCCUUUGCCUCAACUUCCGGUGUUUAGUCCGAGGAGUCGGCCAACCAGUUAUGAGGUCUACGAGCGGAUGACGGCGCAUGACUUGAGGGAUGGAUCAAGGAGGGCCGAGCAGGAGAGGGCUCCAGGGUAUCCUGUGAGGAAGACUCCAAGGCUUAGGUAUGCGGGAGCUGCCACUGAUGAGGGGAUGGAGGGUUGGAAUGGGGGUAAUGAAAAGUACGCUUCUCCAUCUUCUGUUAACUCCUCCCAUCUGUUUGCAAAUCUAACAGGCACAAACAGUCUCCCACCCCCACGACGGCAUUUUAACCCCACUGUACCACCCUUCACACCCAGCCUCGCCCUUGCACUGCCAAAGGCUCCCUCUUCAACCCGUGCCCAUUCGGCGUCGACCUCGCCUCAUCACUCCAAAUACCCAUUCGCAAUUCCUCAGCCUGGCGCCCCUCAUUCUUACAGCGCCCCUCAAUCUAACAUCGCCUCAGCCUACCCUUCUCAACACUCCUCAGCAAUACAAUCAGGACACCCCUCCCCAAAAGCUCUACAAAGCUACAACCUCAACUCCAGCAACCAGCAUCACACCAGCAAUCUCCCCCAUCCCAGCCCCUCACAAUCACACCCCUUCGCUCUCUCUCGCUCCUUCACCAACCUCGAAGAGUUUGACCCCAUUACCCCAUUGCAGGGAUAUGCAGCGCCGGAAAUGGGGCGUACUGGGAGCGGAGGGGUGAUGGUGGGGAAUGGCAAGGUUAUUGAGUUUGGGGAUUUUCCGGAGAAGGUUGAUACGAGGGAGGCGAGGUUGAGGGUUGAGCGAAGUUGGGAUGAGAGAGAGAGAUCGGGACAAGGCAGGAGUGGAGUGGUCGGAUUGGGGAUUAGGGAGGUGAGAAGGUAG